UAUCACAAUUUUUAAAGAAGAUAUUUUAAACAUCGCGUGUUUCCGCCAAUUGUCGAGAAAAAGUCGAACAUUUUAAAACCGAAAGAGGAAGUAGAUAAAAUAAGUUUAUAAAAUGGCGACGGAUGGUUCAGAUGAGAUAUUUAACUUUAAAUGUACCGCUUGUGCUAAAAGAAAUAGGAAAAGAGAAGCUGUAAAAUACUGUGUUGAAUGUCAAGGAUAUUGUUGCCAAAGUUGUGUCGAGGUUCAUCAGGAUUUUCCAGCUCUAGCUAACCAUAAUUUGUUGGAUAAAGCGAGUUUUAAAUCAGCAGGAUCAACAAAUGAAUUACCAGCUAUACCGACGGAGAGAUGUGCUGUACACGAGACGAAGAUUAUAGAUAUGUACUGUCAGAACCACGACGACGUCGGCUGUACAACAUGUAUGACGAUGGAUCAUAGGAACUGUGCAUCGAUCAGGGUCAUAUCUGAAGUGAUUGAUACCGUAUAUCAGCAAAAGGAGGUCAAACAAACUCUGCAACAAUUAAAAACCAUACAGGUAUCAAAAGAAACACUGAAAGAAAGAAAUGACAAACAAAUGCAAGAGCUCAAAAAAUCAAGAAAAGAAGCUAUUCAGAAAAUCAGACAACAUCGCAAAGUCCUGGAACAAGUCCUUGCUGAUAUGGAAAAGGAAUCAAUACAAGAAGUUGACUAUGAGUUCGCUAAAAUAGAAUCAGCACUCAUAAAACAAAAGAAGGACAUAGAAAGAGAGAAAGAUAAUAUACAGAAAGUAAUUUUGGAUUUACAACAUGCUGAAGGAAACCAGGCACAAGAGUUUGUAUGUUCAAAGAUUGCCUAUAAACACAUUGAAGGAAAAGAAAAUCCUGAUUUGUUAAAUGACGAAAAAGCUGACGUACACUUAUUAUAUUCUAUAAACCAUGACAUCACUAGCUUUCUGAAACAGACGAAAACCUUUGGCAGUAUUGCAAAAUACCAUGAUCAACAAUACGCUCAAAGGAGAAGUCUUUAUACUGUCAAAGCUGAAAGGAAAAUUAAUGUCAAGGUACAAGGGGAUGAACAAACGUGUUGUAUAUACGGUUCCAUUUUAACAGAAGACAACUUUCUAUUGCUAACUGACUAUUGGAACACAAAAAUAAAAUGUGUUGACACCACAAAAGCGGUUGUAGUAGACCAGUGCCGUCUACCACAUAGACCAUUUGGUGUUUGCUGUACAAGUAAAAAUGAAGCUGCAGUCAGUUUAAAAAACAGAACGAUUCAGUUAGUUUCUCUGCUUAAACCGAUGAAAAUAGUAAGGCAGCUUAAGAUGAACCAUGAUUGCUUUGGUAUUGCUUUCAAAGAUGACAAGUUGUUCAUAACCGACAACAGAAAGUCGUUGUUUAUCCACAAUACAUUAGGUGAUCUCUUACAGACGGUAUCAAAGGACAAUUCUGGAAAUGAAUUAUUUAAUCAGAGUAGACUGCUUACUUUUAGUGACCAUGGUGAUAGAGUUUAUGUUGCAAAUUUUGCAAAUAGUCUUAUUUCACUAAAUAUGCAAGGUAAACAUAUAGAUACAUAUAAAGAUAGAGAGCUGUCUCGUAUUAGUGGUGUUUCUAGUGACCACAGGGGCAACAUUUUUCUGAAUGAUUAUAUCUCAGGAAAUAUUAAACAAAUUUCACAAGAAAACAUGUCAGAAAUCGGCACGGUUGUUGGACCAUCACACGGUUUGUCUAACCCUUUGUCAAUCUGUUUCAAUCAUCAACAGUCCACGUUGAUAGUCACAUCGUUAAGUUGUGACGAAAUAAAACUUUUUGAUUUAAAAUAAACACUACGAUGACAGCAGUUCUUCGUUCGUCCAAAACUAUGUAAAAUAUAUGCUAUGUAAAACGAGUCAAUAGGGUGCUGCAAACAGAUACGGUGUUACUUGUUCAUUUUUGCUUUCAUAUUCUGCUUAUGUGGUAAAGAUUGUACUUGUAGCGUUAAAAUGCUACUUUUUUGAUAGAGAUAUAGCAUUAUUCAACGAUACUAUUGUGGUGUAGAUUGUGGUGUAGAUAUUACUUUGCCAGUAGUUCUUGUAUUAACGUACCUCUUUUUGUAGUAAUCAUACUACGUUGUUCAAACUUUUUAUGUUUUAUCGUACUUCGUUGAUAUUACGUUGCCCAUACUUUAUCCGAUAUAGUGCUAAUUUUGCGGUUAGUUCCUAUGUUGGUCAUACAUACUGCUUAUAAUGGAGCUGAUUAUGAUUAUGAUGGUGGUGGUAAUGAUGAUGAUGAUG